AGCCAUUUUGGUUCAAGAUGCCGUUCUUGGUCGAGCCGCGCGUUCGUCAGGCUCUGCGAGCAAGGGACUGCCCCAUGUCCGCGGCGGCCCUGCCGAGCGGCAUGAGUGCAACGGCGGCCUUGCCGCGUGGCUUGUACGUCAGAAAUACUUUCCUUGACUGCAAGUCGCCCUGGUUCGACACCUUGACCUUCGACGAGCGCCCCCAGUCGGAUCCCACCGACGACCGCGUCUCAUCCAAGUGGAACUCGGGGAGCAUGGCCGGCACCUCGACCUCGGAGGAUGCCAGCUCCCUCGGGAACCAGGGGCUCGGAGGGCCCCGCCUGGUGACGGAGGGCGCCGCCCACCAGGAGAUGGUGCAGCUCGAGCAGCCGGGCGGGGACCGCACUUCGGAGAAGACCAGGAACCAGCGUCGUCGCGCGCAGCGGAAGCUCAUCAGAGCAGUCAAGGCAGGGAUUGCGGAUACCGGCGACCUCCCCUCGGGAGCUCCCGCCGCUUCCAGCAGCGGCAGCGGCAUGGGGGGAGGCACCUCUUGCAAGCUGUCCCUGUGAGCCGCCCCCCUGGGCUGAUCGCGCCCCAGUGCAGAUGUCGGCCGCUCCGCGCCGCCUCGACACGCGGCGGCAGAGGAAUGCACCAGUGAGGGUUUUCGCCACCGGAGCCGAAACCGGGAGCUGGCACACUGGCUCCCAGUGCGCCAGUGUGCGUUUAUGCCUUGUUGUUGUUUGAUGCGUGACGCCGCGAGGCAGUCACGAAAGUGACACGAGGGCUCCCCUUGUGCAGGACAGAAGACAGAGUGCUGGCCCCCUGCUCGAGCGGUUGGCCCGCUCUGGCGGAGGGCCCGUUCGGCGGAGAGCGCCGUGGCGAUCGUGCUGCUGUUGCUGUCGUGUGGAGAGCUGCCCGUCGCGGCCGCGGUGCCCGACCGCCUCCCUGGGGGCGGAAAGAGGGCAGGAGACAGGAAGGAGGGCGGGUGGGAUUGGAGGAUCGGACUGACAGCUGGCGCAGCGGGCUCCACCAGCCGACGGUCCUCGCGAGCGCCAGUGCUCGAGAGCGCGCAGCUGCGUGUACACGGCGGGCGGGCGCGCGCGCGCAGUGCACGGCCAGGCGCGGUAGGAAGGAACGACAGAGAGUUGGGCUGCUCAUUUGUUGUUGGUGCUGGGCCGCUCGCGUCAUUCCUUGGCGGGCGCUCGCUUAGGCCCAGGAGUGGAAGAGGGAUCGAGG